UUAAUGAAUAUGAUAAUAGCGAGCUAAAAAUAUUUAAAGCAAAUGAUAAAUGUAAAUUGGUGGAUAUUUUAAAAUAUAGAAGCCUUUCAUCAGCCUUACAAGAAAGACAAUACUGGCAACCAAUUUUGGCUGAUGAUUUUGCUCUUCAAUAUCAUGAGUAUAA